AUGGCACCUGCUAAGAAAACAACCUCCUUAAGGCAAGGAACACUUUCCUUUGCCUCAAGCAAACCAACGGCAGCCACAACAAGCGCAAAAUUGAAGAAUACAAACUCUGUCACCGUCGCCGCCCCAACAUCCUCCAAAAAACGAGCUGUUGAAAGCAGCAGCGAAGAUUCUGAUGAAAUUGAGAGCUCAUCUACCUCUCCUCCUCCCGCUAAGGCUGAGGGGAAGGUUCAUACAUCUGCCCAGAAAAGUACGAGGCAGACCUCGAAGUCUUCAGCCGAAACCAGGGCCGAGCCUGUGCCAACGAGUGUGUUCAAGUCAAAAGACGCUACGGAGAACUCAAGGGCUGGGAAGGCUGUGGAAGAAGCCUCAAGGCCAGAGUUGAAUCCGAAGGAUAGGAAGUACAACAAGCACUAUACGCUUGUUCGAGACAAGAUGGGACAUAUGCUACCAAUACAUGGUGAAGGCCAGACCAAGAUUCAUGAGAUUCUUCGCGUUUUCGACCUUUCAGACCAAUAUGGACCUUGCGUAGGUGUCACUCGAAUUGAACGUUGGGAGAGGGCGUCGAUGUUAGGUCUCAAUCCACCCCAAGAGGUCUACGACAUUCUUUCUACUAAACAGGGUGCAACGGAAUCACAAUAUAUAGAAAACGUUUUUUAUGACCAAGUCUGA